UCCUGCAGCCUUCGCCGCGGCCGCCCAGCUCAUUCAGCUUUGCCGGGAGUGGUGAUUCCCGACCAAAAUGGCGGCCGUGGGGCGAGUCGGCUCCUUCAGCUCCUCUCCGCCGGGAUUAGCCUCCACCUACGCGGGCGGCCCCCUGGCCAACGAGCUAGCGACGGGCAACGGCGGCGCCGCAGCGGACGACGAGGACGGGCAGAACCUCUGGUCCUGCAUCCUCAGCGAGGUGUCCACUCGGUCCCGCUCCAAGCUCCCCGCGGGGAAGAGCGUGCUGCUGCUGGGUGAAGAUGGCGCUGGAAAAACAAGCUUAAUAAGAAAAAUUCAGGGAGUAGAGGAGUACAAGAAAGGAAGAGGACUGGAAUACUUGUACUUAAACGUGCAUGAUGAAGACAGGGACGAUCAAACAAGAUGUAACGUAUGGAUCUUAGACGGGGAUCUGUAUCACAAAGGACUCCUUAAAUUUUCACUGGAAGCCGUUUCUCUGAAGGACACUCUAGUAAUGCUGGUUGUUGAUAUGUCAAAGCCUUGGACUGCUUUGGAUUCUUUACAGAAGUGGGCAAGUGUUAUUAGAGAGCAUAUUGACAAAUUGAAAAUUCCUCCUGAAGAAAUGAAAGAAAUGGAACAAAAGCUGAUUAGAGACUUCCAAGAAUACGUUGAGCCAGGAGAAGAUUUCCCAGCAUCUCCCCAGAGAAGAAGUGCCGCGUCGCAGGAAGACAAGGACGACAGUGCGGUCUUACCUCUGGGCGCCGAUACGCUGACGCAUAACUUGGGUGUCCCAGUUCUAGUAGUGUGCACAAAGUGUGAUGCCAUUAGUGUCCUGGAGAAAGAACACGACUACAGAGAUGAACAUUUUGAUUUUAUUCAGUCACAUGUUCGCAAGUUUUGUUUACAGUAUGGUGCAGCACUUAUUUACACUUCAGUAAAAGAAAACAAAAAUAUAGAUUUAGUGUAUAAAUACAUCGUUCAGAAGCUAUACGGAUUUCCCUAUAAGAUUCCUGCUAUUGUUGUGGAAAAAGAUGCAGUAUUUAUUCCGGCAGGGUGGGAUAAUGAUAAGAAAAUAGGAAUAUUACAUGAAAAUUUUCAGACAUUAAAAGCAGAAGAUAAUUUUGAAGACAUCAUAACUAAACCACCUGUCCGAAAGUUUGUGCAUGAGAAAGAAAUUGUGGCAGAAGAUGACCAGGUGUUUCUGAUGAAGCUGCAGACGCUUUUAGCAAAACAGCCACCGAUUGCAGCUGGAAGGCCUGUGGAUGCCUCACCAAGAGUCCCAGGAGGCUCCCCUCGAACACCCAACAGAUCCGUGUCAUCCAACGUUGCUAGCGUGUCCCCCAUCCCUGCUGGGUCAAAAAAAAUUGAUCCAAAUAUGAAAGGCCAGAAACCUAUCCUAUCAGAUGUUCACGCAGAACUUGACAGAAUUGCACGAAAGCCAGUUACAGUGUGUCCUCCAACAUCUACAUCCCCUACGGAAGGAGAAGCUUCUUGAAGAUACCAAAUAAAGCCAUUUAUUCAACUUUCUGGGAUGACGUCAACUUGCCUCUGCCUUUUCCUUCAGAAGUGGAAGUCGGGCGCUGGCGUGCUUGUUGGGGUGGACUAAAUUCAUGUCUGGUUUUGUUUGUUUUGUGGUUGCUCAUUUUUAUAAAAGGGAGCCAUACAGAAGAAGAGUUAUUCUACAUGAUGUAGGAUUGCUAUUUGCAUUGUCAUUUUGCAUACGGAAGUAAUUUUGGAAUUUUGAAAAACUCAAAAUUUAUAGAACUGAAAUGCAGCCAUGAGAUCAUAUUCUAAAGGCUAUUUAAAAGAUGUAGGAAGGUUUAGGGCAGGGCAGAAAAUAAUAUGCAAUUUGGGCAUUUAACUAACUUGGAACUCCAAGCUUAUUUUAAUUAAGACUAUUAAAACCAUUUUAAAAAGUAUGUAUUUUACUGGGAAAAAAGAAAAUGACCAGUCGUCAGAUUUUUGCACACCAACGUGAAAGGAUGCAGAUAGGAUGCGCCCCCACACGUGGAGCGUGCUGAGAAAAGUCGGCGUUCGAUACACUAGCCAUUGUCUCGAUCCAUGAUCCUGUAAGUUGUCAUCAAAGUAUGACUUAGAACUGUUGGCCGCGAUCUGUUUCUUUAACUGAGAAGGAAAGAAAGCACACUGCCUGCAUGUGUAAAAGGAACGUGCAGAGGUUUUCACAGUGUCAAGAGUAACAGUCUUUGCAGUUGUCUAUGUAUAUAGACACGUGUGUGUAUGUAUAUGGCUCUGCCUUACUAUGCCCUUCUGUUCGUGACUUUAAUCAGUUAAUAAAGUAUUUAUUCUCUGCAUUCAGGGUCAAAUAAUUUGUUGCAUUCUCUUUAUAUUUGUAUUUAUCAGCUAGUGAUUGAUAUGUUAGUAUUUUGAAGUUUUUUACUUUAAUAGGAUUAUUAAGCAUUCCGGUCUUCCUCCUCCUUUCUAAGAGACAAGUGAGUACAUGAGGUUCACUUAAUUUGGGAGUUUGCUUUGAUCAACACAUCUGCCCCAGCAUGUCUCGAACUGCAGAGUCUUACCACAUCAGCCUUUCUAGUGGGUUACAAGAUGGUCUUUCAUCGUUAUUUAAAGGGAAGAAGCAAUGCUAAAAGCCUGGCUAACGCACCGACACAUAGCCACUCUCUCACAGGUAGGAUUCCGGUCACCAGUUUUACUGUUUCAAAACUGUUUUCAGUACUUGUUUCAGAACCUUCUUAAGAACAGUUUGAUCAUUUUAUUGACGUUCAACAAAAAAACACGCCUGCGUUUGGCCUGUUGAGUCGUUUCAGACAACUGGAAAAAAAUUGGUGCCCUACCCUCUGAGUUGGUUUUUGUUGUUUAUAUAUUCUAAAAAUUUUUUCAAAAAGAGAACUCUCUCUACUAUCUAGCAUCAUCCUUUCAUUAGAACUUUAAAACCUGUUUAGUUUCACAAUGGUAUUUGAUUCCUUAUUGUUGGAUAUAAAUGCUGAAAAUACACGAGAAGGUAUUCAUUUGUUUCCAUGUAGAAGAAACUUGGGGUGUUUAUGAGCAUGAAAAUAUUAAUUUGUGAACACAUUUUAUUUGAUAAAAUAGAUAAGCUAAAAAUGCCACUGAUAAAAUCAUUAGUCCCGAAAAGUUUCUGCAGCUGUGGUGUCGUGGAGACCAGUGUUUCUAAACUGGGACUUAGUGAAACAACUGGAACCAGUGAAAGAAAAUAGCAGACUGUGCAUCCUGGUGUCCUUUGAAAUAUCUGCGACUGUGUUUGCAUGCAUAGACCAGCUCAUUUUUCGUGUGUGACAUUGGAGAUGUACUAGAAAAUCCUAGGAAAUACUCUAGUUGUUCCCUGAAAUUAUUGUAAUUGUUCACGUCAGUGUGGGAUUCACUUUUAACUAAAACUUUGCAGUUACCAUGUUUAAACUUUAAAUCUAUUUUUGUACCAGUUUUUGCAAGGAAAGGAGUUUGUCUCUAAACAAAUUUUUUGUUGUUGUUUUUAAGUAAACUUUAUUGAAGUAUAAAAUAUACAAGUGUGCGGUUUGAAAUAUCACACAGUGACCAUGUAUAACCAGCAACCAGAUCAAGAAAGAAAACAUGUCCAGCACUUCAGAAGCUUCCC